AGCCCGCCCCGUGACAAGUCCACACUUCCUAAAUCAAAACCUCACAGUUCGCGACAAAAGCCACGAAAAGUGAGUCCGUGGCGGCUGUCACCUGCGUGGAUGGGGAGAGCAGCGUGUCACAGGAAUGCUGUUGUCACACGCACGUAGGCGCCUGUUUGUUGUUGUCGGACAAGUUGGGUUUUGCCGAAGAGACCGACGGUUAUGUUGACACCGGAUAGCACGGGCUAAAACAAAAGUCGUGCUACUUACAACAGAGAACAGCGGACGACACACGGCGCAACGGUGAACUGUGUGUUCGACACACCACGGCAGUAUGUCGGUAAUGAUGACAGCCAGCACAACAAACUACCUGUGGUCUCUGCAGGAUAUCCUCGGUCAAGGGGCUACAGCCAGUGUAUACAAAGCACGCAACAAGAGGUUAGGGGAGCUCGUAGCUGUCAAGGUGUUUAACUUGAUGAGCUACAACCGCCCUCAUGAUGUCCAAAUGAGAGAGUUUGAGAUGCUGAGGAAGCUCAACCACAGUAACAUUGUAAAGCUGCACACUGUGGAAGAGCUGCCGUCGAAGCAGAAGGUGCUGGUGAUGGAGUAUUGUUCAGGAGGAAGUUUGCUGAGUCUGCUCGAGGAACCAGAAAAUGCCUUUGGCCUGCCUGAAACGGAGUUCCUCACUGUAUUGCAGUGUGUCGUGCAGGGGAUGAACCACUUGCGUGAGAACGGCGUGGUUCACAGAGACAUAAAGCCAGGCAACAUCAUGCGGCAGGUCGGGGAGGACGGCAAGUCCGUUUAUAAGCUGACGGACUUCGGAGCAGCAAGAGAGCUGGAGGAUGAUGAGAAGUUUGUGUCCAUCUACGGAACUGAAGAGUAUCUGCAUCCAGACAUGUAUGAACGUGCCGUGUUGCGUAAGUCUCACCAGAAAUCCUACGGAGUGAGUGUUGACUUGUGGAGUAUUGGUGUGACAUUUUAUCACGCUGCCACUGGGAGUCUCCCCUUUACACCAUUUGAAGGACCUCGAAGGAACAAGCCAACCAUGUAUAAAAUAACUACUGAGAAACCUAUGGGUGCAAUAGCUGGAAUACAGCGGGUGGAGGGUGGACCUAUCGAGUGGAGCUACCACCUUCCUCACAGCUGCCAACUGUCUCAAGGUCUGAGGGUGCUGCUGGUUCCAGUGUUAGCAGGUAUACUGGACGCUGACCAGGACAGGUGUUGGGGCUUUGACCAAUUCUUCACUGCCACCACAGACAUACUGCAGCGGCAGCCAGUUCACCUCUUUGCACUGCAGCAGGCCAUGGUGCACUUUAUCUACAUACACCACUACAACACUGUGUCGUCCUUCUUUGAGGAGGUGGCAUCUCAGACUGGUAUAGAGGUUCAGCAGCAACAUCUGCUGUACCUGGGACAUGAACUUCCCCUGGAGGGCAACAUGAAGGUCGUCAACCUCCCACGUACCUCACCCACCCGGCCCCUGCUACUGCUCAGCUACAGGCCUGAAGCAAACAUCAGCCUUCCCUUCAGAGAACCAGACACUCCCGUCAUCCCAUCCAGGUUUGACGUCAUGGCAGACUACAAUUUUUCCAAGGUAAUAGUAGGAGUGGUCCACCAGUAUCUAAGGAUAGUUGGGUUGCUACACACUCACCGUGAACUGCUACUGCACGGAUACUACAGCUACAUGAUGAAGUUGCGCAAAGAGUGUGGAGAAGCCAUUCACAGUAUUGCGAUGAUCACCAUUAGACUCCAGUCCUGCCUCAGCCUACAACACAGAAAUCACACAUUUAGCUGCUGUUCUUCAGAAAACCAAGGCCCUGCUGAUCACAGUCAAAAGCUGCAGCUGGUCCAUGAGCACCUGCCUGUAUACACUGCAGGCAUCCAAGAGUUUCAGAGCAGACUGGACCAGCUGCAGAUAGAACAGGCUAAGCUAGCAGAGGCCCUGGCCAAUGACAAGAGCUGUCAAAAGAUUGAAAUGCUGCUGCAGAAGAUAACAACAAUUCAUCAGCAUUACCGCAAAGACAGAAUCACUGGAAAGCUGUCGUAUAAUGAUGAACAAAUACACAAGUUUGAGAAAAUCCACCUGUCGUCCCACAUUAAGCGAGUGAAAUCUCUCUUGAGGGAGGAGUGUGUGCAGAGGUACAAAGAACUUUUGGCCUCAACGAGGACGUGGAGCAGUGUUUUACUCGAGAUGCAGACACGGCUGCAUGACUUCAGCUCUUUCUCAACAGGCCUGUUGGCAGACCUGGUCAUGAGUGAGCAGUGUCAGAAUAAGGCUCUGGACAGAAUCCUUUUCGCUCUGCAGUCCAAAAGAGCAGAUCAGCAGCCUGGAAUCACACCCAGGGACAAGGACCAGAUGGUCUCCAGGAUGCACCACCUGAAGGACGAAAUGGAGAUUCUGGUGAGAGAGCUGGAGUGCAACAACACCAUUAUAGAGAGGAACAGUGAACUCGGCAGCAGAGCCGGAGCCAAACUCGGCCAGGCCGACAACACUUUGACCAAAGUGCAGCGCCUUUCCAUGCGUCAGUCAGUGUGCAUGGAAUCACACCUCCACCACCAUCACACUGGUGCACCGCAGGGUUCUGUGCUCAGCCCCCUCCUUUACUCCCUCUUCACACACAACUGCAAAACUAUACAUGACUCCAAACAUCAUUGUUAAGUUUGAGUCAGCCGACAGGGAUGAGGUCGAGAACCUGGACUGCUGGAGCCGUGACAAUAACCUGGUCCUGAACACAAAGAAAACCAAAGAGCUCAUCGUGGACUUCAGGAGACGGAAGCGUGGAGACCAACAACCAAUAUACAUCAGUGGCGAGAAGGUGGAGCAUGUCCAGAGCUUUAGAUUUCUUGGAGUACAUAUCGGUCAAAUCUGACAUGGACUACUUGCCCAAGAUCCCAACAGCAAUCAGUCAGAUACAGACCGUGCUGCAAAUCAGUCAAAGUGAAUGACAUGGGUGUGUUUGGACUAAAAGACACGCCUCCUCCAGUCCUCCAGCUAAUUUCUCCUUGCAUGAAGACGUGAAUGUGAAUUUUCUUUACAACCGGCAGUCAGUAGAUCAUAAGACUUUGAUGGUUGAAGACAAUGGGGCUUCCAAAGAAGUCCCAAUCUGUGUCUUUAUGUAACUUAUUUGUAAAUACUUGGAAUAAAAUGCUUCCUGGGAAA